AUGAAUAAGUUCGGAGGUUUCCUCUUUGCAGUUCUUGCUGGUUUAUCUCUUGCAGUUGUGCAGGUUAAUGCCAGGAAUCAAACAGGUUUCAUAAGCCUGGAUUGCGGCUUACCAAGGGAUUCUUUGAACUACACUGAAACAACAACGGGCAUAAAUUACAUUUCAGAUUAUUCUUUCGUUGAAACUGGAGUUGCUAAGAGAAUACUGCCUGAAUUCGACAUCGGUAGGCAACAGCAGAUGUGGCAUCUUAGAAGCUUUCCUGAAGGUGACAGAAACUGUUACAGCUUCAACCUCACAAAGGGCAGUAAAUAUUUGAUCAGGGCAUAUUUCAUGUAUGGUAACUAUGAUGGGCUGGGAAAAUUACGCCAAUUUGAUCUUUAUACAGGGCCGAAUAAGUGGGCAACAAUAUCAAUAACAAGCGUAUCUCGUGAUUUAUUCGCUGAGCUCAUCCAUGUCCUCCCAACAAGCUAUUUACAGGUCUGUCUGGUGAAUACUGGUUCUGGGGUUCCUUUCAUAAAUGCUCUUGAGAUUAGGCCUAUGGAAAUUGCCGCAUAUGGGACUGAUCAGUCUGUUUCAUUGAACCUCCACUCUCGGCUUGAUGUUGGUUCAAUAUACAAUCUGACUGUCAGGUUUGAAGAUGAUGUUUAUGAUAGAACAUGGUGGAAUUAUAUUUCUGAUGGUUGGAGGCAGCUGAGUACUAAUCUUGCUAUUGAUUUUAAUUCUAGUGAUUCUUUCAAAAUACCUUCUGUAGUCAUGAGAACGGCUGUUGUGCCAGCAAACUUGAGCUCCUCCUUGGAUUUUUUCAUGCAUAUUGAUCAUAUUACCCACCAUUUUUAUGUCUACUUUCACUUUGCUGAAAUUCUGAAGCUUCCAAGCAAUGAGUCCAGAGAAAUGAAUCUAUUUGUGGAUGGAAAGCACUGGUAUGGACCUUUCACUCCUAAUUACUUGUCAACAACCUCUGUCAAAACCAUUUCACCCUCGGCCGGUGGAAAUCUUUCAUUUUCCAUUCAAAGAACCGAAAAUUCAACUCUUCCUCCCAUCCUUAACGCAGUCGAACUGUACUCUGUGCCCGAAGGCUCACAGUCACCUACAGACCAAACAGAUGUUGAUGCUAUCAUGAAAAUCAAGUCCAGUUAUGGAGUUAAGAGAAACUGGCAAGGAGACCCAUGUGCACCUAUUGCAUAUUUGUGGAAUGGUAUUAAUUGCAGCUAUAAUGGUAAUGAUCCAUCUCGAAUUAUAUCCCUAUAUGAGAACAAGUUCUCCAGGAACUUGUCCUCAUCUGGUUUGACUGGAGUGAUACCUCUAUCUCUGAUCAAUCUCACAAUGAUAGAACAGCUGGACUUAUCACUCAAUGAUUUGACUGGAUCAGUGCCUGAAUUUUUAGCUGAACUGUCAUCUCUGAAGGUCCUAAACUUAACGGGAAACAACCUCAUAGGUUCUCUUCCAGCUGACCUCAUCAAAAGAUCAAACAACCAUUCAUUACUGUUAAGUGUUUCUGGGAAUCCACAUCUUUGUGAAUCAAUGUCAUGCCAAAGGAAGGACAAUGUUAGAUUAGUUAUUAUUCCAGUAGCAGCAUCAUCUGCUGCAUUGUUUGUUAUCUUGAUAGCAUUGGCAACUUGGUGGAGUCUAAGAAGAAGAAAGCAAGCUAUUGAAGACAAUGCAAAAGCUUCAUUCGAGUUAAGAGGUCGACACUUCACGUAUUCGGAGGUCUUGAGGAUAACUGAUAACUUCAAGAGGGUUCUUGGAAGAGGAGGAUUUGGAACCGUUUACCAUGGCAACUUGGAUGGCUCUCAAGUAGCUGUGAAAAUGCUCUCCUCUUCUUCAAGCCAAGGAUAUAAAGAGUUUAUCACAGAGCUCAAAAUUUUGAUGAAAGUGCAUCACAGAAACCUGACAAACAUUGUUGGGUACUGCAAAGAGGGCGCCCAUAUGGGACUUAUAUAUGAAUACAUGGCGAAUGGAAACUUAAAACAACGUCUUUCAGAUAGAAAUGCAACUAUUUUGAGUUGGGUAGAGAGAUUGAGGAUAUCGGUGGAUGCUGCUCAAGGAUUGGAGUACCUGCAUAGAGACUGUAAGCCACCCAUAAUCCACAGAGAUAUUAAGUCCACAAACAUCUUACUAAAUGAAAAUUUUGAAGCCAAAUUGGCUGAUUUUGGCCUAUCCAGAAUCUUUCCCAUAGAAGAGUGCAGUCAUGUGUCCACAGGUGUUGCUGGAACCCCUGGCUACCUGGAUCCUGAGUACCAUGUAAAACGAUGGUUGAAUGAGAAAAGUGAUGUUUACAGUUUCGGGGUUGUUCUUUUGGAGAUAUUUACAAGUCGACCCGUGAUAACUAAAGUAGAAAAUGAAGAUGAUCACAUUCACAUAAGUAAGCUGGUUUCUUCCAUUGCUGCAGGAGGAAAUAUUGAAGAUGUUAUUGAUCCGGGGUUACUAGGAGAUUUUGAAAUUAUUUCUGCAAAGAAGGCUGUUGAGCUAGCACUGAAGUGCUCUUCUCAUACUUCUUCUGAAAGGCCAUACAUGAAUGAAGUAGUGGAAGAACUAAAAGUGUGCUUGACAAUGGAGUUAGCUCGAAAAACAGGCAUGAGUGGCAUUGAACUUGAUAAUUGAAGAGAAACAAUCACUCUGAGUGAGGAUAGUGAAAGCCUAAUAAAAUGAGUACUUUAACAAACAAUGCCAGUUUUAUUUUCUUAAUUUCCUAAUUGAUAUUGUGAAACUGUCAAAUUAAGAUCAUAGAGAGAAAUGAUCCAUUGC